GAGGCGUCGACGUCGAGCUCGUGUUGUUGUGUCCAAGUGCGCAGUGAGAGAAACAUGACGUGGAAGAUUGCCCUCUUGGUGCUCGCCGUGGUCUUCACCGUCGGCUCGGUAGGCGCCAUGAUCGGGGGGUUUCAAGACAUCGACUCCAAUGACGAGGGCGUGCGCAAUGCCCUCAGCUUCUCCGUCGUCCAACACAACCGAAACAGCAACGACAUGUUCCUCAGCCAGGUGGCAGAAGUGAUCAAGGCUGAGAGACAGUUGGUGGCUGGCUACAAAUACCGUUUAACUGUGAGAAUGGCGAAGACCCCCUGCAGAAAGGGCGGCGCCGGGGAGGUGUGUGAGAUCCACCAAGACCCGGCUAACGCUCAGACUUACGAGUGCAUGUUCACCGUGUGGAGCCGUCCAUGGCUCAAUGAAAUCAGGAUGAUCGAGCAGACCUGCUAGAAAGAGAACUAUGAGGGAAAUCAUCCCUGUUGCAGUGUUUGCAGAAUAACCUUCAUACAGAGCAAUAUGUAUUGUCCUGAAGAUGAAGCACAACAUAAUAACCUUUUGAAAGUCAGUGUUUCAGAAUCUCGAUCAAGUAUAGCAUUGUAGAGAUGCAUUUUGCUUUCUAAUGCAUAAUCACUAAGCCAGGCAAAGAACAAAUAAUGUAACUAAAUUGUUGAUCAGGUGGUCUUUUAUUGAUAGUUUGACUCAAUGAUUUACUUUUUUUUUUUAUUCGAAGCACAUGUACACAGAGCACUUUCAGCUGUAACCAAAUAAAAUGAGCUAUAUUAAUGAUGGGGAAACAUUUUGUUACCUUCCUGAUAAUUGCACAGUCCUUCCUCAGUCCAGAUUCACUCAAUAGUGGGACAUUCCAGCUGGUAACAUUGUUUGAAAAGAAACCAAACGGAUGGAUGUAUUAUUUGGUGAAAGAUGACUUUUUACCCAUGCAAUAAUAAAGGUAUGAAGAAGAAGCUCUUUAUGGAACUAUAGCUUUAUAAUAAAUAAAUUGAACUUG